AUGCUGGUUUGCUCGGUGAUGGGGUUUAACCCCGGGGGGAUCGAGAUCAAGUGGCUGAAGAACGGGCAGGAGCAGACGGCCAGGGUGGUGUCCACGGAGCUGCUCCAGAACGGAGACUGGACCUUCCAGAUCCUGGUGAUGCUGGAGAUGAGCCCCCGGCGCGGGGACGUCUACACCUGCCAGGUGGCGCACAUCAGCCUGCGGGGCCCCCUCGCCGUGCACUGGGCGGCGCAGCCAGACUCUGCCAGGACCCCGAUGCUGCUGGGGGUCGGGGGCUUCGUGCUGGGGCUGAUCUCCCUGGCGCCCGGACUCCUCACCUACCUGAAGACUAAGGGAGGUGCCUGGCUCUGGGCACCCCAGCUCAGCCUGGACGCCCUGCCAGGGCCCUCCUGGUUCCCAUCCCCCACCUGCGCCCACCCCCUUUGUGUAUGUAGCUGGGCCUGA